AUGUCAGCUGCCGCUGCGGUCCGCUCGGCCAAGUCCACUGUCCUGGAGUUGGCAACUACAGUACUACCGGCAAAAUCUACUGCUUUUUCUAUGAUCCAGCCCACCGGCGUUUUCCAUCUUGGCAACUACCUCGGUGCCGUCAAGUCCUGGGUCGAUAUUCAAAAUCAAACGGCUACAGCUUUCCCCAACUCUAACGACCCCUCGGUCCCACGUCUUUUGUUUGGAAUUGCUGAUCUUCACGCAUUGACUAUUCCUAAAGACCCGAAAUCCUUGCGGUUCACCCGGUCUCAAGCUGUGGCGUCCAUGCUGGCAACAGGAAUUGAUCCUAGCCGAUGUAUUGUAUUUCAGCAAUCUCAAGUCCCAGAGCAUACCCAACUCUACUGGCUGCUGUCGACCGUCACUGGCAUGGGUUAUCUUAAUCGUAUGACUCAGUGGAAGUCCAAGGCUCAGCUCGAUGAAUCUACUUCUCUUACAGAUGCUUCUGAAUCAGCUUUGUCUAAACUUCAUCUUGGUCUUUUUGCCUACCCGUGUCUCCAGGCCGCAGAUAUUCUUCUUUAUAAGUCAACUUAUGUCCCUGUUGGUGAGGACCAGUCCCAGCAUCUUGAACUUACUCGCCAUAUAUGCGCUACCUUCAAUAAGAAAUACCCAGGAGCUGACAAAAAACCCAUUUUCCCAGAACCAAAAACUAUUUUUGCGCCAUUUAAAAAAAUUUCUUCUCUGCGAGAUCCCUCUAAAAAAAUGUCAAAGUCCGACCCAGACCAAACUGCUUGCAUUUACAUUCCAGACUCCCCAGCUCGUAUUCAAAAGGCAAUUCGUCGUGCUGUGACAGACUCUCAGCAGGGACCUAUCACAUAUGACCCGGUUACACGCCAAGGUAUUGCCAAUUUGCUGGAAAUGGCGUCGGGUAUUUUGCAAACAACCCCGCAACAAGUUCUCAAAGAUAUUGCUCCCAAGGACCACAAGGAGCUCAAGGACGGUGUUGCGCAAAUCAUUGCGGAGGGGCUGGCACCUGUACGCACAGAGUACGAACGCCUUAUGAAGGAUUUAGAUUAUGUCGACGACGUGGCGCGUCGUGGGUCGCUGCGCGCGCGUGAAAUUGCAGCAAUUACAAUGGCAGAGGUCAAUCGCGCUGUCGGUCUUAACUAG